AUGAAGGAUUUGAUAUCUAAAAGGAGACUUGUGGAGGAUGAAACAAUAGAAGUGACACAUCAUUGUAGUGCCAUUAUAAAAAGCACAUAUGUGGAAAAGAAGAAGGACCCCAGUGCUUUUACAAUCUCACACACCAUUGGCGCAUUCACAUUUGCAAAGGCAUUUUGUGAUCUUGGAGAAAGUGCAAACCUCAUACCUUAUACCAUAUUUCACAAGAUUGGAUUGGGGAAGCCAAAGACAACCAAAAUAAAGUUGCUCAUGGCCGACCGAUCCAUCAAAAAGCCCAUGGGAAUUCUCCAUGAUAUUCUAGUAAAAGUGGACAUGUUCAUCUUCCCGGCCGACUUUGUUAUUUUGGAUUAUGCAAUGGAUGUUGAAAAUCCCAUUAUCCUUAGGAGGCCAUUUUUAGCUACCAGGAAGGCUUUCGUAGAUGUGGAGUCCGGUGAGGUUUAG